AUGGCAGAAGAAACAAACAAAGAAUUGCCUAAAGAAUGCUGGGCAAUGAUCUUUAAACAUCUCAAUCAUGAAAGCGACCAAGAUUCAUUCUCUUUAGUUUGCAAGAGAUUUCUGUCAAUCACCAAUUUCUUAAAAGUCAACAUAAUAGUUUCAAGUCCAUCAAUCAAAGUCCUCUCUCAUAUGCUGCAAAGAUUCACCAACCUUAAAAAGAUACAGCUCAGUAGUUUCCGAGGGGACCUUAAUAAAGCCGUUCAUGCAGUUGCGCGAUCUGGGUUGGACUUGGAAGAGUUGGAUCUUUCCUAUAAUGGAAGUUUAAAAACAGUUUCUUUUGAUGAACUAGGCUCAAAGAUGAAAAAUCUGAAAGUACUAGAUUGUUCAGAUUGCCUAGAAGAUGCUGAUCUUGCAAGAAUAGCAAAUUCAUUCACCCACCUAGAGGAGCUGCAGAUCGGGCAACCUUAUUAUAAUGGUGAUACAAGUAGCAUUGCUGUAACUGAUGAAGGGAUAGAUUAUUUAUCAUCCAAGCUCAAGAGAUUACGAAAGAUAGAUCUAUUACAUAAUCUUUACAUUUCAGAUAAGUCCCUUAUCUCCUUAUCAUCGAAUUGUGCGUUUCUUGAGCAUAUUACAGUAUCAUAUUGUCGCAAUGUGACCAUUUAUGGUAUUUCAUUCCUCAUAAAUAAUAGCCAUCACUUGAAGUUCUUGGACCUAUGUGAGCAUUGUAAGAUUGAACCAUUCAGAUUCACUACUUUCCUACCAAAGUUACAGAUUCUGAGAUUCACAAAUCUGAGCAUCUCAAAUGAGUUUCUGUAUUCUAUUGCAGGAGCACAAAUUCCUUUAACUGAGAUUUCACUCUCAUCUUGCAUAAGCUACACGUUUAAUGGGAUCUCGAGGCUCCUACACUCUUGUCAUCAAUCUUUGAAAUCUUUAGUUUUAAGAGCAGCACAGUUUCUUACAAACGAGCAUAUAGAGUCCUUGUCCUCUUUUCUCUAUAACCUGACAUCGAUAGAGCUCUACUAUUGUCCUCAGCUAUCCGAUUCAGCUUUUGUUACGCUCACACAAAGUUGCCCUCUUCUAUGUGAUCUUGAAAUGAGUGAAACAAGCCUCGGAAGAGAAGAAUACAACCAUGAUGGCAUAGCAAAGAACUUUGCAAUAAAGUACUUGAAGUUAUCUUCAAAUUCUAGCUUGAGCACUUCAUCUCUCAGAAAGCUUCUUAACAUUUGUCCCAAAGUGGAGAAAAUCAAGCUAAAUUGUUGUUUUCAACGCAACGAACAACUGGACGUGACUGAUAUUCUAAUGUGCAACGGGGGGCUUGUGAAGAAUUUGGUGCUACAAGGAUGCCAUCGUCUGAAAGUUUCUAGAAUAGACCAGAAUAUCUCAAAGUUAGAGAUGUUAGGCGCAAGAACAUCAGGGAUAAACGGUGCAAUGUUAGUGAUUAUUGGAAGGAUGUGCCCAGGACUGGUACAUUUUGAUCUGGAGAGGUGUGACAACUUGACAGAAGAAGGGGUAAAGGAGGUGGUGAGAUUGUGUAAAAGACUAAGAUAUUUAAGCCUAAGUUCAUGUGCAAAUCUAGAUAUUGGCAUAAUAGCAUGGAUAGUGAAUAAUAGUAAAUCCUUGAGAAAACUAGUCUCACCAUCUCAUACAUAUCCAGAUGAAGAAAAGCAGAAACAAUUCUUGCAGCAAGGUUGUUUUGUCACUAAGGGUGUAUACUAUGAACCUGAAGAAUACUGGUACUAA